ACAACAAAGCAAUCAGAAAACCCAGUAAUCACUGGAAAAUACUAAUUAAUUUGUAAUUUUAAAAAACCAAUUUCGUUUCUUUGUUCUGUAAUUUUUGUUUCACGGUACUUUAGCAGUCGUCUCUAUUCUCCCCGUAUAUACGCUCACAACGUACAAACAUACGGUUCAAACCGUUGUCGACCAUGGCUCUUCCUCUUGGCAAGUUAACUAUCCUCGUUGGUGCAGGAAUUGUUGGCUCAAUUCUUGCUAAAGAAGGAGGCAUAUCAAGUGUUUCUGAUUUUGUCUCUGGCGCUUUCAAGAUUGCUUAUCGGCAACUUAAGCAUGCUGACACUACACCGUCUGGAAACAAGCCACGCAAUGACUAUUUGGUGGCUCAGGUUAAUAGUCUAAGGCAGGAACUACAAAUCUUGGCUUCAAACAGACCAAUUACAAUUGUUACUGGACGUGGAACAGGUACCAGUAAAUACAGUAUAAUCAUCGUUGUUGUCGUAGUUGGAUAUGGCUAUGUUUGGUGGAAGGGUUGGAGACUUCCUGAUAUAAUGUUUGCAACAAAGCGUAGUUUAUCUGAUGCACGUGAAGCCAUAGCCAAGCAGCUUGAGAGUGUUUACUCGUCAAUCUCGGUUACCAGACGGCAUCUAUCCUCGAGAAUUGAGAGUGUGGACAAUCAUCUGGAUGCAAUUGCUGAUAUUACUGCUACUACUCAAGAGGAGGUUUCUCUGAUACAAGAUAAAUCAAAGAUGCUCAACAGCAAUGUUCAAUCUGUUCGUUAUGUAGUUCAAAAUCUGGAAAGUAAGAUUAAAAGAAUAGAAGGGAAGCAGGAUAUGACAAACGAAGGAGUGAACUGGUUGUGUAAUUAUGCGCAGACUAUGGAACAAAAUAUACCCAUUGAUCGCAUUCAGGCUUCACCAGCCAGCUCCUCCAGGCCAGCUCUUGAAGCCCCUACGAAAACACCGUCAAGGAGUGGGUAUUCACCCCUCAUUGUACCAGUAGAGUCGCCAUCGCCAUCACGAGCUCCAAAUCCUUCUGAUUCCAAUGGAACUCCCAAGGUUCAGAGAUCUCCGAAAACUGCAAUCUCUGCUUCCGGUCUUAAGGACGUAAGUGAAUCAAGCAGCCAUUAUGUUGGAAAUGGGAACCGAAUUCCCGAAGGCAGCGCCAAUGGCUCUUCAAGCCCUGGUUUCUUUGGGACAAUGUUUUCCGGUCGAAACGCUUCUUUUCCUUUUCUCACAAGAACUCGUAGCGCAACAAAUGUGUUGCCACAACAGACGGGAGGAUCAAACGGACAGCAAGCGUAAAGAGUUUAUUUCCUGCUUGAUUACAAUUUUAUGUUCAUAGAGAUGGGGUUUUCCAGGUCUCCGAAUUGACU